UUUGAGAUUCCUCAGGGGUCGAAAUUCAGCACGCCAGACUCGUCGUGUUGUGGAUCUUUCAGUAUUCUGCCAGCCGCUGUAGUCGCCACUUCGAAAGUUACUUAGAUGCAGCAGUUGAAAACUGCAAGUGCGACCGCCAUCCUUGCGGCGCUUUCGUUCAUAGUCUGGAGUUUGCCUGUGAGCUCUGUUCCCGAUGCUAACGGCGAUACUUUACCGUUGACACGUCCAGCUUCUUGGGCAAAGAUUGGUCGAGUCGUCUACCUUCCUGCCUAUUACCACGAUGGCCGCUCUUCCAGCUUUGUCCGAAGCUUUCUUCCGAUCAACCGCGUUCAUCCCGACUACCAACAUCCGAUUUAUUUCCAGGGAUCCUAUCGUUCGCCGUUUGAUGUAAUCCAGCAGCACCAACCGUCCAACUUUCUAUACCCAUAUUCAAAUGACGUCCAUCAAGAUCUAAAGGAUAUUGAUAUCUUGAACAAUGGAUUGCAGGCCAGGAGGCGAACUGGUUUUGAGAAUGUGAUUAUGCCGAGUUUCGAUUCAGUUCCACGACACGCAAGUUUUACGGACAAGUCCUUUUUAGCAUUUUUCAGCAAAGUUAUCAUGCCCGUUAGGUUUGUCAAUAGAGUUAGCUCUUUUCCGAAUGUCAGAGUAUCUUACAAAAACAUUACCUUAACCGGAAUUGCGAUUGGUUAACUAGUGCAACUACGACGAAUUAUAUGCGGAAUUAUGUGAGAUGUAUUUUGCAUGAUUUUAACAGAUUUUACAAUCAGUAAUUUUUUAUUGACAUUGAGUUAAUCUAUUUGACCUUUUGAAGACCAAUCUUGAAUAAUUUAACUAAAAUUUACAUUUAUUGCAUUGGUAAUUCUGUCUGUUCUAUGUUGUAUGUUCAGAAAUGAUUCAUUGGAACUGUUAUUAUUCAAAAGUUUAUCAGAGAAAAUAUAAUUUUAUUUAUCGUAAA